AUGUUGAAACAAUUUGAUCUUCAAGUACCAGAUCAACACUGGUCCUUUAUCCUAGGUAUGGGCAAUUUCUUCGUAUCGUCGGUUUGUCACGCACACAGACGCUCCGAGGCUGUGUAUGCCAUUGUGAAAGCACAGAUAAAAGAGUUGCGGGGACACCAACGUCGUGGAUCACCCCUGCAGCAACAGUGUGCUAAACAACAGGCGGCGUUCCUGCACGCCAUCUCUUCGAAGAUGGCGCUAACCGCCGCUGUGAUGAAGUGUUGGAUGAUGGCUGCUACAGCCCGCGCAAGAGUUGCGCUCAUUACAUCGCUCGUGUUCAUUGCUAAGAAGUUUGUUGCAGGAGCAAGUCCACAGAUGACGUUGCUGCCGCAAGACUACGACGAUAUAUUCGACGAAUUCAACGCGGUGUUCGAGACGACCCCACGACCGUCAAAAACGCUUCGAGAGCUGCAACACAGCGCAAAGGUGGAAUCUGAGACCUUCGAACCAAAUGUAGAAGUACCAAUAGACGCAGAAAUUAGGGGAACGCCAGAGGACGGGGAGAGUUGUACAGUAGAAGAAACGGAAGACUUGGAACAAUUGAGUGACCUAGAAAGUGAGUACGAAUUGCUGCCCAAUCUGGAUGAUGAUCAGGACUUUUACGUUGAUGACAACCAAGUGACAAGCGAGAGUGCACACCUUUUACAACUAGCUUCGAGUAUCUCCGAUACUUCAAUGCAUGUUGAGGACUUCAUCUCAGAAGGCAAACACGACAAUUUUGAGAAUAUAAUUAAGGACGUGGACACAUACGCUACUGAGGCUAGUGAUAGUAAGAAGAGAAGCAUUGUGCGCAUAUUGCUGGCGUAUUGUACCUACAGUGAAGAUUCAAAUUACUCGAGCGACAUGGUGGUUACAGCUGAGGAGUGUUUGGAAGUGUGGCAGGGUGAUGAGGACCGGGCUUUUAAAUCCCUUGCCGUUUUGUGUAAUGACGUACCGCGUUUGUGUGCUGCCUUAGAGUGA